AUGCCCUCUCUCGCACUCACCCGCGCUGCCAAUGCUACUUUCUCUCCUACCUACCUCCCCGUCGCCAUUUUCGUCGGCGGUACCUCUGGCAUCGGCAAGGCCACCGCAGAGGCCUUCGCGCGAUACACCAAGGGCAAUGCGCACAUAAUCAUCGUCGGUCGCAACAAGGCUGCAGCGGACGCGCUCAUCGCGUCGUUCCCGAAAUCCACCGCGCCCGAGGCCAAGCACGAGUUUGUCGCAUGCGACGUCUCGCUCAUGAAGAACAUCCAGGCGACGACUGCCGCGCUCCUCACACGCCUCUCGAAGCUCAACUUCCUCGUCCUUUCUUGCGGCCUGUUCAACUUCAGGGGCAGGGACGAUACUGAGGAGGGUAUCGACCGCCGGCUGGGCCUGCACUACUAUGCAAGGUGGAAGUUCAUAUAUGAUCUCCUGCCGCUCCUCCAUAGGGCGAAGGAUGCGGGCGAGGACGCGAAGGCCAUGUCCGUGCUCGCGCCGGGUUAUAGUAAGCCGGUAGACCUGGACGACCUCGGGCUCAAGAAGGCGUACUCAUUCCCUAAGGCUGGCGUGGCGUCCCCCACAUACACAGACUUGGCAAUGGAGUCUUACGCAGAACAGAACCCGGGCAUUUCGUUUGUCCAUAUACACCCUGGCGUCGUGCGCACGCCCAUCCUGCAGACCCGCCACCCCCUCUUGCGCGUGCUAAACCCACUCACGUAUGCGCUCCUCUACCCCAUCUCCAACGCGCCUAAGGACUGCGCGGAGCACAUACUCUACGGCCUCUUCAAGAGCGGCCCGGGCUUAUCCCGCCGCAACAGCAAGGGCGAGGAUAUUGGUAGGAAAGGCUUCCACGGCGAUGAGGACGCGAAGACACGCGUUUGGGAGCACACCAAGGCGAAAAUGGAGUGUGCCGUCGCUGUCCCCGCCAAGUCCUCAUGA